CCGGGUGGGCUGAGGGGCGGCGGCGGCGGCCUGGGAGCCGGGGAAGUUUGGGCGACCGUGGGCAGUGCUGCGAUCGGGAGCCAGGCUGAAGCCGGAGGACCAGGGGGCGGGCGUACAGGCCUACGGACGCCCCCGGGCCCGCUGCCACUGUUUCGCGUCCUCUCGCCUGGAAAACUGCUUAAUCUUUUAAAAUGUCAUCUAUCAAGCACUUAGUUUAUGCAGUUAUUCGUUUCUUACGGGAACAAAGUCAGAUGGAUGCUUAUACUUCAGAUGAACAAGAAAGUUUGGAAGUUGCAAUUCAGUGCUUGGAGACAGUUUUUAAAAUCAGCCCAGAAGAUACCCAUCUAGCAGUUUCACAGCCUUUGACAGAAAUGUUCACCAAUUCCUUCUGUAAGAAUGACAUUCUGCCUCUCUCAAACUCAGUGCCUGAAGAUGUGGGCAAAGCUGACCAAUUAAAAGAUGAAGGCAAUAACCACAUGAAAGAAGAAAAUUAUUCUGCUGCUGUGGAUUGUUACACACAGGCAAUAGAACUGGAUCCAAAUAAUGCGGUUUAUUAUUGCAACAGGGCUGCUGCUCAGAGUAAAUUAGGUCACUACACAGAUGCAAUAAAGGAUUGUGAGAAAGCAAUAGCAAUUGAUUCAAAAUACAGCAAGGCCUAUGGGAGAAUGGGACUGGCCCUCACUGCCAUAAAUAAAUUUGAAGAAGCAGUUACAAGCUAUCAAAAGGCAUUAGAUCUUGACCCUGAAAAUGAUUCUUAUAAGUCAAAUCUGAAAAUAGCAGAACAGAAGUUAAGAGAGGUAUCCAGUCCUACAGGAACUGGAUUGAGCUUUGACAUGGCUAGCUUAAUAAAUAAUCCAGCCUUCAUAAGUAUGGCAGCAAGUUUAAUGCAGAAUCCUCAAGUUCAGCAGCUAAUGUCAGGAAUGAUGACAAAUGCUAUUGGGGGACCUGCUGCUGGAGUUGGAGGACUAACUGACCUGUCUAGCCUCAUCCAAGCGGGACAGCAGUUUGCUCAGCAGAUACAGCAGCAGAAUCCUGAACUUAUAGAGCAACUUAGAAAUCACAUCCGGAGCAGAUCCUUCAGCAGCAGUACUGAAGAACAUUCGUGACUUGACCAGAGACCCUAGCCUAGAGCACAAACAAUUACGGCUCUUAAGUAUUUGCUGUAGAUAGUGGCCAAAACAAAGACACCUAAAGAAUCAAUCUGUCUAGUCGAUAGGUUUAUCAUAAACAGACUUGACCAUAACAUGACUCCUUUGUAAUCAAAUGAUCAGUAGCCCUGUGGAGUGCCAGUAUAGUACUGGACAGGGUUCCAUUUUCCAGUCUUUAUCAUCAUAUUUGUAUAUUAGACCUAAUCGCAGAGUAUAUUUAUUGAACAGUAGGGCUGUUUGUUGGUGAGCUCUCUAGCUCCAAAUUCCCUUAAGCAAACUUUUUUUGAAAGAUGGAGAUGACCAAGAGGAAAGGUUUCUCAUGCUGGUUUAGGAGAAGUAUCCUGACCACUGAACAGCAUGUCUGGAGAGAAGAAAUCUGUUGUCUAGAUUUCAUUUUGAUAGUGCUUUCAGGACUGAAUAUAGAUCCAGGGGCCAGACUAUCUUUAAUGCUGCUUGUUCUGAUGGGUAACAGGGAAUACUAAGAGCUGGUAGAAAGCAGCUUUUGGUGCAAGGGUUGUUUUGAAAAGAAAAAUAGAUGCUGUGAAUGUACAGAGAGUGAAGGUAGGAUGUUCAGGUUUUCUGCAUAGUUCUUAACUAAUCUUGCCUGCAGUUUGGUCUUGAUAACAUUAGCAUGGCCAGUUACUCUAAGUACAUAAUAAAAUACAUUUAGAAAUCCUUAA